CUGCUGCUGCUCUGACGCACAUGCGCGCUCGGAGCCUCUCCUGCUCCGCGCGCGGCUUGCAGCUCGGCCGCCACCGAUUUCGAUUUUAGUCGUGGCCGGGUCCGGCUCGGGGGAAGAAAUCGUUCUGUGACGUCUUGUGCACGCGUCAACGCCCUGCACACCCGCGCUGUGUCUUACCCGAAACGCCGAUCGUCAUCAAGAAUUGUAAAAAACGGUCAGUCCAAUCUUUCAAUUAAUUGCACGAGAGCUGAUGUAAUAUUCGCCAUGAACAAAAACUUUGAGAAGCAAAGGAUGUCGCUGAAGAACAGCAGCCGGAGCCUUGUAUCUUCGGACUCAAAGCGCGCGGCCAAGAGUAUCUCAAGCAUGCGCAAUGGGAAACCCGGAUUUUUUACAAGCUCAAGUGGCGCGAGCUCUUCGACAAAGAACGAAGAGGCCGGUUUAAAGGAGGAGGAUGGCAAGCAGCAUUUAACAGCUUCUACUAUGAAGCAGGAACCCGAGGAUGAAGACAGCUACUAUGAAGAGAAGGUUCUAUUGCAGGAUAAUCCUAGGCCAGCGAGCAGUCGCUCUCCUGGAGCCGGCUCCUACCCUAUGCUAACUCGAGUGCGCUCGCACUCGCGCAGCCUCCGGGCAAUGGCCAAUCCGAGCGCUGUCUGGGCCCAUUUCGAUCUCUGUUCUAACGAUCCGCUGCGUGCUCAAUGCAGGAUAUGUGGGGCCGUCGUCGUUAGAGGCGGAGCUAACCCACGUCAGUGCGGCACCACCAACCUACAUCGACAUCUCCGUGUGCAUCAUGGUGGUAGACUCAUUGGCAGGAGAUACCAGGUUUGCAUUACAGUGAUGAGUGAUUUCGGUAAGCGAGAACAGGAACAAACGCAUUCAUCUAAAGCUCUAAGGCUCGCCACACAAAAUCUCGUACGCCAGCUGCGCAACAUCGCACCGGCUCCUCUUGUCCAACAGCAACAGCGACAACAACAACAGCAGCAACAACAACAGCAACAACAGCAGCAGCAACAGCAGCAGCAACAACAGAGGUCCACCAAGGCACUUGUGCUGAAGGCAAUACCGCUGAAAGUCAAGCAAAUUGCGCCCACAAGCAUUAAAAUGCCAGUACGUCAAAGCGUACAAAACGUACAACAAGGACUACCACAAGCUAUCUUGCCCCAACAAUCUACCGAAGUUUGCCUCAGGUGGAACAGUUACCAUAGCAACAUGCAGCUCAGUUUUCCAUCCCUAUUAGAUAGCGAGCAGUUUGUCGACGUGACGCUAGCUUGCGAAGGUCGUUCUCUCAAAUGUCAUAAGAUGAUCUUAUCCUCGUGCAGUGACUAUUUAGCCCAGCUCCUGCGUGAAAAUCCUUGUCAGCAUCCAAUAAUUCUCAUGAAAGAUCUCAAAUUUUGGGAGGUUGAAGCUCUAGUCAAAUUUAUGUAUCGAGGAGAAGUUAACGUAGCUCAUGACAAGCUUCCGCAAUUGCUGAAUGCCGCCGAGGCAUUACAAGUCAAAGGCUUGGCCGGACCGAGUAAUUCGCAAAAUCCAAAACCACCUCUACUUAUACCACAGACAAAGAAUCUAGUUCCUCACCAAUUAAUGAAUCGCAUCAGCAACGAAACCAAAGACAAACCAUCAGCUUCAACCAAUCAUACCAGCAGCUCUGCGUCUCAUCUCAUUAAUCCAAAGCGAGGCCAAAAACGCCGGAAUCUACCCUCACAAGUACCGGAAGCCCAUCCUUUUACUAAAAUCCGUCUCCAACGACCUUCAACAACCGAGGAUCAACGCCAUAGAUCUUGCUCGCCCACUGUUAAGGUUGAACCGCUUGAUAUCCCACUCAGCCCAUCCGAAGCAAUCUACCAUGACAAUGAGGAAGAGGACAGCUGCUCAACCCCACCGAAUUUCGAGACUUUCAUCGGGAUAAAUGAAGAAGACGACCCUGGUGGGCAGGAUAUCGAAUUCGCCGAUGUCAGCUCCGAUAUGGAUAAUAACGACGAUUCGAGAAACAAUUUUAGUGAGCAUAUGGAGUUUGUUCCAACCGAUUUCCUUGAUCAAGAACAGGAUAUUGUUGAAGAUCCAGAAGAUCAAACAAAUUGCAGCAGCAUGCAGUAUACGGAUGAUGAUUCUAAGCAUAACAACGAUGAGGAUGAAGAAGAGGAAGAAGACGAGGAAGAGGAGGAAGAAGAUGAAGAUGAUGAAGAAGAGGAAAAUGAGAGUGGAGAUAAAAGUCAAAAUGAGUCGAGGCCCAAUCGUAUAAAGAUCGAUGAAACAUAAUAAGGAGCUAUUUUGAA